ACAAAAUGCUACAUCGUCCUUUUUCUGCAGGCUGAACUUUCUGCGAGGAUUGCAGCUUUCAUGUUGGUGUCGAGCUGUCCUGGAAUUAAUUAAUUAUGAUGUUUAAAUAAUCACCAUAGACGGCGGUUGUGUGUAGACUAAAGGCAAACGCUUAUUCAGUUAUGCUGUUAACUUUACUGCGAUUGUCUGGCUGUCUGGAGGUUCAUAUGACUCAGCGCAAACUACAAGGUCUUCCAGGUGAAAGCGAGCGGACUCUUAUAGCUAUAAAGCCAGAUGGAGUUCAACGUCGUCUUGUUGGACAAAUCAUUCAGCGCUUUGAGCAGCGGGGCUUCAAGCUGGUUGGCAUGAAAAUGAUGAAGGUGUCAGAGGAUCUGCUGUCUCAGCAUUACUGUGAGCUGAGGACCAAGCCCUUCUAUCCCAGCCUGCUGCAUUACAUGACCUCAGGGCCUGUGGUUGUCAUGGUGUGGGAAGGGCACAAAGUGGUCCAGACCUCACGUAAGAUGGUGGGCCACACUAAUCCAGCUGAGGCCCAAGCAGGCACAGUUAGAGGAGAUUUCAGCAUUCAUGUCAGCAGGAAUGUGGUUCAUGCCAGUGAUUCACUGGAGGGCGCACAGAGAGAGAUCCAGCUGUGGUUUCAAGGAAAGGAGCUCCUGAACUGGGACUGCUGUGACCAGACCAGCACCUGUGAGGUGUGAACACAAACGCGGAGAGAAUCAGUAAUACUACCUCUUCUCCUGCUGCUCAAAGGUCUGUCUCUUGUGACAGUGUGACCACAGUAAUUGAAAAAAUUAGUCGUGUUCAUAGCAAAUAAUUUACCUCAGUAGGUGCACUUAGAAUCGCAGUUUUUGUUGAAACAAAUUUAACUGUGUUUUCAAUUUAUUACCAACUCCAUGCACAUAAAUGUAUAGCUGUUACAUCUCUCACUGAACAGCCAUAAUAUUUAAACUUAUUAAACAUGAAUGACGGAUGCAGAGA